AUGAUCGUACGGAUUGUUGAAGAUGAACCAUCUUCGCAUACAAUAGAUGAUGGGUUUGAGUAUCCAGUCAUCGAUGAACACCAUUUGGUUGAGGAUGAGGCAGUUGAUGAUCUGAUUGAUGAUGCACCUGAGGAUGAUGGUGUUUCAGUUCAAGGUGCUGGUGUUACGGGACCUAGUCACCCAUGUAAGUUGCUAGAGCCAGCACCGGGAGGGCAUAAGAUUAUCAAUAUGAUCCCGAGUUCUGGUUCUCAUGUUGUUUUUGAUAUAUGGAUGGGCAAAUCGCGUGAUGACGAAGAAGAAGAGACUAGUGAGGACUUCUCUGAAAGUGAUGACUAUGAGAGUAGUGACUAUGAGAUGGAGUCAAAUUCAGAUGAUGAUAAAAGUUAUUAUAAAAAUAUAGAUGAUAAUGUGGAAUGGUCAGGAAAAAAAUUUGACGGGCCACUUGCAGUUGAAGAUGUUUGUGAAUUUGGGGAGGAGGAUAUUAUGAAGAGUGAUGAUGAUUUUGAUAGUAUUAAGGGUUCUGACAAUGAGAAAGAAAGGCCUCACUUUCCUGUUUUUAAUCCAAUUGAGAUAUAUAGACCAACCUUUGAGUUGGGCAUGAUUUUCAGUACCAGAACAGAGUUAAGGCAAUCUAUACACUCUCAUGCUAUUAUCACGAGAAGGAGCAUAAAUAUUACAAAAAAUGACAAGAGUAGAUUACAUGCCAAGUGUGUUGAGAAGGGGUGUGGAUGGAAGCUUCAUGCACUUAAGGUUACAAAUGAGUGCACCUAUCAGAGAAAUUUGAAAGGCUUUAGAAUUGAAGCGAUGAAGGAUGUUAAAUGCCAUAUAUCAAGUUAUCAAGCUUAUAAUGCUAAAAGGAAAGCUAUCGAAAUAAUUGAGGGAGUUCCAGAUGAACAAUAUUCUUUGCUAUGGGAUUUUGUUGAUGAAGUUAAAAGAACCAAUCCGGGUAGCACUGUGAUAGUUGGGACUGAUCAAUUAGCAGGUGAAAAUAGGUUUGAUAGAAUAUAUAUGUGUUUGCAUGCUUUGAGAAUGGGGUUCUUAGCUGGUUGUAGACCUUUAAUUGGGGUAGAUGGUUGCCAUUUAAAAGACAAACACGGGGGAGUGUUGUUAACUGCUGUAGGUGUUGAUCCCAAUAAUAACAUCUAUCCCAUUGCCUACGCUUUAGUUGAAAAAGAGACGAGGGAAACUUGGGAUUGGUUUUUAACCAUAGGACAAGCCUUCAAGAGUAUUUUGUGGAAGGCAGCACGAGCCACAACAGUGAAUGAGUUUAGCAGAAAUAUGGAAGAAAUGAACGAGUUAGAUGAAAAUGCAUUUCAGUGGCUGAAUGAUAAACCGCCUCAAAAUUGGAGUAGGUCACACUUCAAUACCCAUCCUAGGUGUGACAUGUUAUUGAACAAUGGAUGCGAGUCUUUCAACAGUAGUAUUUUAGAGGCAAGGGAAAAGCCUAUCGUGUCUAUGCUUGAAUGGAUUAUGGAAUAUUUAAUGACAAAGCUGCAAAAAAAUAGGGAUAGAGCAGAAAAAAAGUGGAGCGGCGAUCUAUGUCCUAAAAUAAAAAAGAGGAUUCACAAUAACAUUGAAAAACUAGGAGAUUGUAUUCCCAUCAAAGCAGAUGAUUAUCAUUAUCAAAUAUCUUGUUUUGACGGGAAUCAAUACAAUGUUGACUUGAAUGAAUGA